AAGCCUACUUGGCUUACCCGGCCAUGGAUGGCUGCAAACUCGCGGGCGUCCUUCGCCCCCUCCCUUUGGCACUCCCUAGUUCAUUACACAGAACUCCGGGAACCAGCACCUGCAUUCGCCCGUGUGUGUGUCGCUCACGAGACCCUCUUCGUCUCACAAAACUACCGAUGCUUGUUUGCGGCCUUCCGACUAGAUAUACUCUCGCUAACUUGCUUCCUCAGGGAACACCAGCCACACCAGAACGUCCCAACCUUCGUCGGUUUCUAGGCUCUGCAACCUGCUUCAACGUCGAUUUCUAGCGUGUAACUUUGGAGGAUCUAGAUCUGGUUUCUGACCAAUCUCUACUGAAACUGCGAUUUCUGACGACUUGAAGGCCAGUCGAGCAGAACGUAUAACGCGCGUUAAACCGACAGAUCGAGAAUCUCAAAGAUGGCGGGUGAUCAGGGCGCCGGUGGCGGCAUAGAAAGCAACCGUCGCCACAUGUCGACAUCAACCCGCAACGGCGAGAACGAGCCCAUCCAGGAGUCUGAGCCGCAGACCGGAAAGCAGACGCAACAAGAGGAGGCAAAACCCCAGUUCAAGCAAUCGUCACAGGUCUCUCCUAGAGGCUUUAAUCCACCCUCAAACACAUCAACACCCACAACAGCACCUCUAAUGGCUAGAGCAUCAUCCAACAGUUCAACUGUGUCAACACCGAACGCGCCGACGGACAGCUACUUUGGAAGUGUGCCGGACGUCAAGGCUUCCGCUCCCCGGAUCUCUCGGCCGAUCGAGCCCCCUGUGACAAAGGUAACCCUUAGCGAGUUGGACGUCUGCAAAAUUAUGCACAACCCAAAGUUGCGUCAUGAUAUCAACUUUGACCCGGAGUUGCACUUCCGCCCCAAUCUGGACGGCGACAAGGGCAAGAGGAAACAGCACAAGGCCGACCUUUUCUGGAACACCCUUCAGGAGCAGCUCAUUCAAUUUGUGAGCGAGCCAGAGUCCUUUUUCUCUGCACACGGCCAGGAUGAUGAUUGGUGCUUGCCAUCUUUGUUGAAGGCGGUUAAGGAAAUCAUUCAGACUUUGGUGCCCCAAAGAGACAGAGUUUACUUGGACGAGGGGCUCAAUGUCGAUUUGCUGAUGCAGCAAUUCUACAGGGGAAUCGCAGAUUUGGAAAAGCUGGCUCUGUGGCUAUCCCGAGUGCUCAAAUCACACUGCGCUCCGAUGCGUGAUGAGUGGGUAGAUCAGAUGUAUACGCAGUUGAGCAACGGAAACCGGACCAACAACGUGGAUGAGCUUGUCAAGGGCAUGAAGAGUCUGCUCAGUGUUUUGGAGGCUAUGAAGCUCGACGUCGCCAAUCACCAGAUUCGCUGCCUUCGCCCGAUCCUUAUUGAGGGAACUAUUCCAUUUGAGCGCAAGUUCUUCGAGAAGAAGAUUCAGGGAAGCAAGCUGGACGUCACUCAAGCAAAUGCCUGGUAUAGGGAUGCCGAGCAGAGAUACGCUGCUUCUGUAUCUCCCAUUGCAGCUCAUUCCUUCGGUGAGAUGUCCGUCUUCUUUGAAGCCAUCUCUCGCCUGGUCUUGCCCUCGGUUUCCGAGAAGGCGUUGCCCAAUACCUUCAUCUUUGACGAAGAGCGAUUUGGCAAGCUCCGCGCGGAUAUGUUGGACGCCAUCAACUUGGAGGUCUGCAUGCGUAUGUACGACGACCUUGAGAGAGUCGGCCGACUGAACGCCCCCCUCUUCGCCAGCUCCUUCUCGCAGUUCGACGACGAGCCUCGCAGCCGUCCUCUUUCAAUGACCCCCGAUUUCAACUUCAACACUCCACCCUCGCGGCCGUCGAGUCUCGCCUUCAGCUCCGGCGAUUCUGCUACUUCAUCGCCACGAUCUUCUCUCAUCCUACCGCCGCAACCUACAUCCGAUCCCACUGAAUCCCUUGCCAAGGCUAGGGAUGUCUACAACUCUUUGGUCGCGCUGCUCCACACCUCGCCGCCGCCGCGCAGGCACGAGUCCCGCUGGGAGGCCAUUGCUCCCUCGCUGGCGCUUCAAAUUUUCCGAUUCACCAACGCGCCCGCCGACAUGCUACCAGUCUUCGAGUCGAAGCUCGCUUCUCACGUUUGCGACAUCAACAGUCCCUUGUUCCAAGAGGUUGAGGCGCACUUCCACCACAGACUACUGAUGGAGCUCCAGAAGCGGGUGCGCGAGUUCCGCGGGCUGACUGGAGUCGGUCUUUUCACCGUGGCCACUAGCGGCCGUGUCCAAGGUUCAGGACGAUCCAUCGGCAGUCCCGACCGCGAGGGCUCGGCUGACGGAAACCGUGAGACUCGGGACGACGGCGGAAUCGAGGACAUGGCGACGCGGCUGGCCCACCUUGGCAUUCUCCACUGGAGAGUCUUCGCCGGCCUCGCAUACACGGAAGAAGAGCAGGCCGACAGCCUGAUGGAAAUGAACCAGUUCUGAGGCAUUCAGCCUACUCUCCAAAAAAAAAAAAAAAAAAAAAACUCAAUUUAAUAAAGAGGGAUGCCGGUCUCAAAGGAAGACGAGCGACCCGACACGCCCAAGGGGCAUCUCUAUUAUGUCUGGCCGAACAACAAUACCCCUUUUUUAAGUAUUUUAAUCCGCAUUUCGCAGCUAUUUCUCACAAGACUCUAUUUGGCUACGGGGGUUAC